CAGUUUUAUCAUUAUCAUUCCUGCAACUAACACCCUAUCAACUAGCAGAGGCACUGCGAGCUCGCCAGGCUUCCAGAGCGUACAGGGCGACCGAUCGAUCGAUCGACCGACCGGCAAGCAAUGGCGGCGACAGGGAGCGCUAAGGGUCUACGGUUCGCUGCAGCGUGCGGUGUCCUCAGCCGCUGCAUCAAGGCGGCGGAGGCGCGGCCGGCGGCCACGGUGGUCCUCCCUCUCAUGCCCGGGGCGGAAGUGCCCGCGCAAGACGACCACGAGGCGGGUCCUGCGCCGGCGAACGCGCAGAUGACCAUCUUCUACGGCGGGCAGGUGCUGGUGCUGGACGAGGUCCCGGCUGACAGGGCGGCCGAGCUGCUCCGUGUCGCUGCUGUCUCAGGCACACCGCGAGCGAGCUGCGAGGCGGCGGAUGGCGACCUGCCCAUGGCGAGGAAGGCGUCGCUGCAGCGGUUCAUGAAGAAGCGCAAGGGAAGGCUCGCCGCGCGCGCCGUCCCCUACAGCCGCCCCGACGGCGACGCGUUCUCCUCUAACCGUCUCACGCUUACGCUCUAGUUCGUGUCCAUGCGUACUCUAGAGUAGCUUGAGACCUGAGUAAUUUAUACGGUUGAUGUGUGUCUUUGCUCUGAAUUAUGAUCAAAUUAUUGCUCUGAAUUAUGAUAAGAAAUUCCGGCUAUUCUUGUUUUGACAAA